AUGGCGCCGGGUAUACUUCCCUCCUUGUAUUCCACCGGUUCUCUGACAUCCACAACGAGAGUAUUGGGGUAUUUGUCUUUCUCCGAAACGAUUUUCUUGACAUCUUUGUACUCGUACAACUUGGCCUUGUGGUCCUCGGAUAUAACACUGUACAAUCUGAUCGCCGAUGGCCGGAUUGAAUUCGCCUUCAAACCGCCGGUCAAUGCUCUAGAAAGCAGAAGCGAGUUAUGGCUACUUGAAAGCAGCUUGAAUGAUGCUUGGGCACCCAGAACGUGGAAACCAGCGACCUGGACCCUCAAAAGAGGCCGGGCGGCACGCAUCGUUCUCAUGUGUGCAAGCAUUAUGUUUGUUCACCUUUCCUCGCAAACCGGAAAAAACGUUAUCACCAGGGUCGUGCGCGGCGAUGCCAAGGGAGAAGAGAGAAGGGAAUUAGUAGGUGAGCAUGUAGUAAUUAGAGAGUUAGUUAAAAGGUUCAUUAAGAAGACAUUUGAGAAGUCAAUUGAGAAGUCAGUUAGUAUGUCAAGUAGGAAGUCGAUUAAGACGUCGAAAGAAGUCAAUUGA